AUGGCGGAGGAGAGAAGGGUUUGUGUGACUGGGGCGGGAGGCUUCGUCGCCUCAUGGCUGGUGAAGCUGCUCCUCUCCAAGGGGUUCGUCGUCCACGGCACAGUGAGAGAUCCAAGUACGGAGGACUCUCUAUUCCCCCACCCAGGCCCAUACCGUGUUAUUGGGCAUCGUGUGGUUUUCUUGCUGAUUUUCGUUUGGACUCUAUUUACCCCUGUCCGCUUCUUUCUCCUACGAAAUGGGGAUUUUCAGUGAAGCUUCGAAGUGUAUAUUUUCGGAUGUCUUGGGAUUAUGCCAGCAUGAUUUUCACUUGUCGACCCUAGAUUCCUCAGAGAUCCGUCUACUGAUUUCAGUUGAUCCGAAGAAUGUCCACUUGAAGAGAUUGGAGAACGCGGCGAACCUGAAACUUUUCAAGGCAGACUUGCUUGAUUAUGAAUCUUUGUCCGCUGCCAUUGCUGGAUGCGAGGGAGUUUUCCAUGCAGCAUGCCCAGUUCCUUUGGGGAAGACUCUUGACCCCGAGGCAAGAUUGCUAGUCGUAGAUUGUUCUGUCGGUUUUAGGGCGCUCUCUUUUACCGUCCGAUGGUACAAAGUCCUAAAGACAUUUAUUUCUUUUUCACGAGGGAAAUGUAUGAACUAUAGCGAUAUUUAGCUGAUCGUGACAGCAAAAUUUUCAUUUUUGAGAAACUUUCUAUGCAUGCGAACCUGUUCUAGUGAGCAUUAUGGCGAUCCCCAUACGCUGAUCAAACAACGGAUGGGGCCUUAAGUGCAUCUCAUUGAUUAUGAGUAGACUUUUCUUUGAGUGGCCAAAACAACGGACAUUCAUACCCUCCCUGUCGUUGCAGCCAUUAUUCGAUGACCUCUCUAUCAGCUUGAACUUGAAAUUGGCUUUCUUCAGGAUGCCAUUUUAAAGGAAGUCGACACACUGCAUCCUUUUCACCUUUUUACACUGUUAUGUCAUGUUGUCUUUGCAAAUCCAUACUGCAGACUCCAAUGAGCUUCUUGUGGCCCAUUCGAGCGGUUUGGUUAGGUCAUUCUUGAUGCCAGAUUCUACAAGAGAGCUGAAGAUAGUGCUCUCUUUACUCGCAACUCUUGUAAUAUCUACGCCUUUUUUCUCUAUGCCAACAUUACGCCAUCACUGGCAGUGAAGCUGUCGCCGUCGCCUCUUUCAAGCAGCAUCUCCAUGAUCCAUUUCAGACGAUAGUCCCUAGGAUUUUAUGCAACUUCCUUGAUCUUAAGGUUGGUUAUUCUACUCGAGAUUACUCAUUGUCUCAAAAGAAGUAUAACGAUAACAUCCAAAGAUUUUUGAUUCUCACAUGGCAGACACUCCUCUGGAGCUUCACAUCAAGUGCCGUCCUUCUGAUGGCAUAACCUUUAAUGAUCUUAUGAGCUAUCCUCGAAUUGUUGGCUCACUUCUAUAUUUGGCUCUCUCUCAUUUAAACACUGCUGAUGUUUUCCAUAUCUUGAAUCAGUUUAUUAUCAUUCUUUACAUAGUUCAUUUUUUUGCCCCUGGCUGUUUUCUUCAAAACCUAUGUUGAAUCCUUCAUUUCCUCCUAUGUGUCCCCCAUUGUGCCUUUAGAGCUUUUUACUUCAACCAAAGCUGAUUGAACUUGUGACCAUGGUUAGUAUUCUUCUCUAUGGACUCCUACAUCUUUCUCAUCUUCUCUCUCAUCUCUUAAAAGAGCAAGAAGCAAGUUCUGGUUUCUCAUUCCAACACUGAAUCCUAGUGCACCACCCAACGGCUGAUGCAUCUGCUUAGAUAAGUUGGCUGCAUCUCCUUCUUUGAGAUAUGGGUGCAGUUCUUCUGCUCCUACCAGCUGGUAAAGUUUUAGAUGCACGAGUUGUUAAUGACCAUAUUUUUUUAUCCUUUUGUCGCUUAAGUUAUUUAAAUUCAAACAAAGGUUAAAGUCAAAAGCCAUUUUUAUCACCCUUAAUUUUUUUUAUCUUUUCCACCUAAAUUUAGUAAUGAGCCCAUUUAUCCAGCUCCUAAUUUUUCUAAAUGGUUGACAUUAGAGUGUGGUUCAAGGUCAAAACCAAUAGGGCCCUAAUCCCUAUCAUGAAUGUUUCUCGUAGAUGAUUCCCAUUGAUGACUAAGAGAUUGAGAGCCUGCCCUGAUAAUUCAUUUAUGAAAUCCUUAUUCCAGUGACUAAAUUGGGCAAAGGACUCACUUAAUUGACCCCUUCUGCAUUAUUUAUACAAUUGCAGGUUGAAAUGGUUGCUCCUGCUCUGAGUGGAACACUGAACGUGCUCAAAGCAUGUUCUGAGGCAAAGGUCAGACGAGUUGUCGUGGUCUCAUCUGUUAUGGCUGCUUCUGAGGACCCAGAUGCCCCACCGGGUAAGAUAACAGAUGAGAGCAAUUGGUCUAGCAAGGAAUACUACAAGACAACUGAGGUAAGUUAUCACUCAAUUCUGAAUGUAGUCUGUGUGCUCAGCAGCUCGCUUCAUUCCCAAACUGUAGUACCAUGGCGCUUAUUUCUACGCCGUCAUCUCUAGGUAGACUUUGUUGACUCAUAGAUUGAGACAUUUAGAGGGAGAAUGGGUAACUGCUUGUUGUUUGAUCUGGGCUUUGCCUCCGUCGGGUGCUGAUUUGGGGCCAAGGCUCAUGGUUUUUGUCCAGUACCCUAUUCUGAAAUAUUGACAGUUGUGUCAAAAUCGUUGUUUGGGAGGACCAUAAAUAUCUCGAAAUAUGUGCAUAACAAAUGGCGAUAUAUGUGCUGAAAUUCUUAGAAAAAAUACAUUUUUUCCUUUCAAAAGUAACCGAGUUGAUCAUUUUUAUUUCCUGCAGAACUGGUAUUUCUAUUCCAAGACGCUGUCAGAACAGAAGGCUCUUGAGUUUUCCAAGGAGAAUGGACUUGAUGUGGUAACAAUUUGCCCAUCUUUGAUCAUCGGCCCAAUGCUUCAGCCAACAGUCAACGCAAGCAGCAUGUAUAUCAUCAAGACACUGAAAGGUUCACCUCACACUGAAGCUCUCGCCUCUUUACUCACGCAUAUGGCUCUUGAUUAUUCUACAAAUUAAGUGCUUUAUUCAGAUAUAUUAAAUUAAACACUUGAAAAUGCCCAGACGACUCAAGAGGGUGUUAAAUCGGUCAAAGGGUUGGUAAUUUUUUGCCUAAUUUACCAUUUACUGUUGAUAAUCCCCCUCCCCCCCUCCCCCUCUCCCCUUCUUGGGAGGUUUGCCAAAGUUCUCAGCUGUAUGGGAACCCUCAACACCUAAAUCAAUUCAACAACAGGGGAACGAGAAACGAUGAUGAACCGGAUGGAGGCCAUUAUCGAUGUCAGGGACCUUGCCGAUGCACUGUUUCUGAUCUACGAGAAGCCAGAAGCUAGGGGAAGAUACAUAUGCUCUUCCUAUUCAAUAAAAGCGAAAGAUUUGGUCAACAAGCUGAAGAGCAUGUAUCCUAAUUUUAAGUAUCCCGAGAGGUAAGUUCUUCCAACACUUUGUAAGCUUAAAGUUAGAAGAAAAAAAUGGCAGUGGCUUCUUAUUUUCCUUCCUCCCAUUAAUCCAGAUGCUCCCGAUUGCAGUUUCACUGAGGUGGAGAAAGAUCUCAACGUCAGCUCAGAGAAGCUGAAGCAGCUGGGUUGGGCCCACAGGACGUUAGAAGAGACCAUUGCCGAUACUGUUGAGCACUUGUUGAAGAGUGGUCUCGUCGAUGUGAAUUAG